AUGUCUGAAAUGGAAUACCGUUUCCUCGGCCGAACUGGCCUCAAGGUCUCCGUGCUGUCUCUCGGGUCCUGGAUAACAUACGGUGGCCACGUCGAUGACGAACGAGCAUUUGAGUGUAUCAAAGCCGCCCACGAUGCUGGAAUCAACUACUUUGACACGUCUGAAAACUACUCGGCCGGCGCCGCAGAGGUGACUCUUGGCAAGGCCAUCAAGAAAUACGGAUGGAAACAAAACGAUCUCGUGAUCUCCACAAAGCUAUAUUUCGGCCAAAACAAUGCUGCCGACCCAUCGCGUCCUCUGAAUAAUGUUGGUCUGUCGCGAAAGCAUAUUCUGGAGGGCAUUGACUUUUCACUUGCGCGAUUACAACUUCCAUAUGUCGAUAUCGUGUUUGCCCAUCGACCUGACCGACAGACGCCAGUGGAGGAGACUGUGCGCGCUUUCAACCACUUGAUUGAAACGGGCAAGGUGUUCUACUGGGGUACAUCCGAGUGGACCGCCACCGAAAUUGCAGAUGCGUGGGCUGUAGCCGAUAGAUUAGGGUUGAUUGGACCUGUAGUUGAGCAGCCGCAGUACAAUCUUCUUCACCGGUCCAAGGUUGAAGAUGAAUUUCGCUAUUUGUAUCCAAAGUACGGCACGGGCUUGACGAUAUGGAGUCCCUUGUAUCAAGGAGUCUUGACUGGUAAGUACAAUGGUGUUGAUGCGCCACCUCCAGGAUCACGGUUGGCAGAAGCAAAGGAUAAGCCCACCGUGGCCUUCCGUGAGACUUGGGGCAAUGAAAAAUGGCAGAAGAAUCUAGCACUCGUCGAGAAGUUAAAGCCACUGGUGGAGGAAUUUAAGGCUGAGAGUUUGGCUUUGUUGGCCCUAGCUUGGACGCUGAAGAAUGAGAACGUUAGCUCGGUCAUUUUGGGUGCGUCGAGGGUGGAACAAGUUAGAGAGAAUGUCAGGGCGUUGGAGAUUGCAAAGAGGCUGGGAGAAGAGGAGUUGAAGAAAAUUGAUGAGGUCUUGGGGAACGCUUCUGUCGUUCCGCCUCAGAGAUUUGGUUAG